ACCUUGACUCAAUACAAAUUAAUCAGUGUAUCACAACAAAUUACAACAUGGGACUAUUAUUGAGUGUUUGAGAGAUCAUUUUUAUCAUUUUCUCGAAAAAACUCCAAAUCACACAUUUGGUGCCUGCCAGCUUCCUUUGAAACUCUCCGAUCAUGGAAAGUGCAACAAUGGACAAACAACACAGAACACGCGAAUCGGAAAAACACGCCGGCUCCAGUGAAUUACUCUGCCGGUUAGCCCAUCUCGUCUUGCCAUACUUAGACGCUGCCGGUCUAGUCUCCGUCUCAGCAACCUGCAAGGCAUUACAUGUAAUUUCCAACUCUAUUACUUCUAGAAGAAUCUCCGAUGCUUCUAGAAGCUCCGAGAAUCACCCUAUUCCUUUCUUCAACUCCGUCGACUCCCAACUUUACGACAAUUUCAUGUACUCCCCUGUUCAGACUCUACCUAGUGAAUCGGGUCGGGUUAGGUCCGACCCGUUUUUGUUCCGGAUUGAGGGUGCUCAGGGGUGCACUUGUGAGAGUUGUGACUUGGAUUCUGAUAAUUGCCCAUGUGUGGAUUUUGAUUCUGGGUUGCCGACCCGAGAAUGCGGGCCAAGUUGUAGCUGCGGGUUGGAGUGCGGUAAUAGGUUAACGCAGAAAGGAAUUUCAGUGAAGCUGAAAGUUGUGAUGGAUAGGAGAAAAGGAUGGAGCUUGUGUGCUGAUGAAUUGAUUCCAAAAGGGAAAUUCAUAUGCGAGUAUACAGGAGAACUUUUGACAACUGAGGAAGCAAGAAACCGUCAGAAGCUAUAUGACAAAAUUUCAAGGAGUAGCCACUUUUCGCCUGCACUGCUGGUUGUGAAGGAACACCUUCCAUCUGGAAAUGUGUGUAUGAGAAUCAACAUUGAUGCUACCAGAAUUGGCAACAUUGCCCGCUUCAUUAACCAUUCAUGUGAUGGUGGUAAUCUUUGCACAUUGAUAGUGCGAAGUUCUGGAGCUCUGCUGCCCAGAGUUUGCUUUUUCUCUUCCAGGGUCAUUUUGGAAAAUGAAGAGCUCACUUUCAGUUAUGGUGAGAGUAUAGUUAACUCUACAGGCGCUCAGUGCUUUUGCAAUAGUGCUUGUUGUCGUGGGAUCCUUCCAGCAGAGCACACAUGAUGUAGUAAGGUAGCUUUUUAUUGUAAUAAACAUUGUGAUACCUUUGUUCUGCGACUUAUAUUUAGAAGAUGAUUAUGAGGUCAAUGUCAAGAAGGCACGGUUAAGGUCAACACUGAUGGGAGCUAUCUUCAUGAUAGUGUUUAAGCUGGUAUUGGUGGUAUAGUCAGGGAUGGCAGUGGUGAUUUGAUCAUGGCGGUCUCCCUCUCUGCACUUUGUAUUUGCAGUUAUAUGGCAGAAGCUUUGGCACUGCGCAGCGGUAGCUUUAGUGCACCGGGUUGCCCUUUUUAUGGCAGAAGCUUUGGCUGUAAAGUUUGGAAUGAAAUGGUCUUGUCUUCAAAAGAUGCACUAAUAUUAUUUUGGAACUUGAUUCACUAGUUAUUGCCAACAUGGUGAACAAUGGGGGCUUCACUAACUGGAAAUUGAAACAGAUUAUAGACGGAAUUGUCAACUUUAAAUAUCUCCAUGGUGUGAAGUGAGCCUCUACUACAGAGAGGGAAGCCAAGUUGUUGACUUUCUUGCCAAACUGGCUUCCACAUCUUCACAGAAUAGUAUGUUCCACUCCUUCAGCCAGCUACCAAGACAAGCUAAGGGAUUGAUUCAACACGAUGAGAGGCAAAUGCUUAGCAUUAGAACAAAAGCUGAUUAGGCAAACUUCUUACAUUAGUUAGUGAGUAUUACAUAGUUGCUGAGCCAGAAAGUUGUAAUUUUUGUGCUUUCUGGUGUUUUCACUGAUAUUAUGUCACACCACCUUUUUUGGGAUUGACGAUGUUUUAUUAACCUUAGGCUUAGUCUCCCUCUCCCUCUGCUCCUUUUUGGUGAAUAUACUACCAGCCAGACUUUAAUCUGGGUUUCUGAAUUUUUGAAAAAAGGUCAA